AUGCCCCCCUCCAUCGCAGACAUCGCACAGCGCUCAGUCGCACUCACCUCCGUCACCCUCUGUGUCCUCGGCGUCGGCCUGACAGCGCAUGGUAUUGGAUACAGAGCACUCAGAGCACGAGGCUAUGUGGGAGGUCCUGACGUAUGUGGAUCGCUCAAGCUCGCCAGGGAACCAAAGGCUAUCGAUUCACCAUCCGGCUCCCCUUCAGCACCUCCAUCAUAA